CUGAAAAUGACACUUUAUUGCCGAUUUCGCUUUCCAACACCCUCUCCGUUCGUUGUGGCGGUGCCAGCGCAUCCCCAGGUACCAUGCGAGUGGCUAGUUUGUUAUUGUACACGUCACACGGCCGGGGAACCAAUAGGAAACGGUGUAUCACGUGGUUCGCUGCGCUCCAUCGUACAGCUGAUGGGCGACUCCUUCUCUGGCAGUGGGAAGAUGGCGGACUCAGAUCGUGUAGGUUUUCCCAUUGCCGGCGCUGUGUUAGCUGUCUCAAAAGAAAAUGGCGAGCCCCUUUCCAAAAGGCAGCGCUUGGAAGAUACCGGCGGGGGUGGGAGCCAGCUUGUGGGGGCUGAAAGCGAGGGAAAAGCGGCAUUGCCGCCUAUAGCUGCUUCUCUCCAGGAGGAAGGCGAGGCCUCUUCGGCAAUGGAAAGCAAAUCCAGAGCGCACAAUGGCUCGGGCUUUCAGGGCCUUCCUUUGGGAACGUAUUUGGUACAAGGCCAGGAGGAGGGCGGAGCCGAGGAGAUGCCCAAUGGAGACCUGUCGGAUCAGGCUGUUGAUUACGGAGCGGGUAUCCAUCUGGAUGAUGAUCUUGCUGGUGGCUUUCAUUCUUGUGACAGUGAAGAUGAUGAUGGUGCAUCUCAUGCCAGCUCAAGUGAUUGGGCACCCAGGCCCUGUAUAGGGCCCUAUACAUUUGUUCAGAGGCACUUAAUGAUGGGAACUGAUCCCCGGACAAUUCUUAAGGAUCUGCUCCCUGACACUGUAGCACCGUCAGAGUUAGAUGAUAUGACUUUGUGGCAGAUAGUUAUAAACAUUCUUUCUGACCCACCAAAACGAAAGAAGCGUAAAGACAUCAACACCAUUGAUGAUGCUGUGAAACUUUUACAAGAGAGCAAGAAAAUAAUUGUUUUAACGGGAGCAGGGGUUUCGGUAUCUUGUGGAAUACCAGAUUUUAGAUCAAGAGAUGGCAUUUAUGCUCGUCUUGCAGUGGAUUUUCCAGACCUUCCUAAUCCUCAAGCCAUGUUUGAUAUUGAAUACUUCAGGAAAGAUCCAAGACCAUUUUUUAAAUUUGCUAAAGAAAUCUUUCCUGGCCAGUUUCAGCCUUCGUUGUGCCACAGAUUUAUAGCUAUGUUGGAUAAAGAGGAAAAGCUGCUCAGAAACUAUACCCAGAAUAUAGACACACUUGAACAAGUUGCUGGGAUUGAAAAGAUUAUACAAUGUCAUGGAUCAUUUGCUGAAGCAUCUUGUCUUGUAUGUAAAUACAAAGUUGACUGUGAAGCUGUUAGAGAGGACAUAUUUAAUCAGAUAGUUCCAAGGUGCCCAAGGUGUUCAUCUGAUGAGCCUCUUGCCAUCAUGAAACCGGACAUUGUAUUUUUCGGUGAAAACUUGCCAGAACAGUUUCACAGAGCUAUGAAAUAUGACAAAAACGAGGUUGAUCUUCUUAUUGUUAUUGGAUCUUCCCUGAAAGUCAGGCCAGUAGCAUUAAUACCAAGUUCUAUUCCUCAUGAAGUGCCUCAGAUACUAAUUAAUAGGGAACCAUUGCCUCAUUUACACUUCGAUAUAGAACUGCUUGGAGAUUGUGAUGUAAUUAUAAACGAGUUAUGUCAAAGACUAGAUGGGAAAUACUCCCAGCUUUGUACCAAUUCCUUAAAACUUUCACAAAUCACAGAAAAGCCCCCUCGAAUACACAAAGGUUUCCUUACCUCACCAGAGACUGUCCCAUCUACAGACUUAAACACAGGGCAAAGUCCAGCACUACAAAGCGACCUGCGUGGAACAGACUUACAGCUAAGUGCUUCUAAUACAAUGCGCUCAUUGGAAAAACCCGAGGAAGCCUCCAAGCUUUCACACAACUGUAGUGAGGAAAAUCUAGAAGUGUCGAAGGAAGCUAACACACAGCUCAGCAAUGAGAAAGAUCAAGAAACAGCUGAGAAAGAUACUGACAUUGAUUCAGCCAAGGAUUUGGAAAGUAAAUAUACAAAAGAACAGAUCAGCAAGCGCCUAGACAGCACGCAGUUUUUAUUUUUAGCGCCAAAUCGCUAUAUUUUUCACGGCGCAGAAGUGUUUUCGGAUUCAGAUGAAGAUCUGACAUCUAGUUCCUGUGGAACAAACAGCGACAGCGAAUCUUUACUAAGCCCAAGCCUGCAUGAGCCUAUCGAAGAGGAUAGUGAUACUGAAGAAUGCUUCCAUGCUAAAUAUGAGAAUGAGACUGAUACAGAUAACAGGGCAGACUUAGAAAGAGAACCCGAGAGGGUUGUACUGUAUCAAAGUGAUGAUCUUCUAGGAAUCGAUGGUACUACCAUGAACUUAUAGUAUUCCCAAUGCCUUCAAUCCCACCGACCACCAGCAUUAGGACUUCCAAACUGGACAUACAUGCAUGCCAGUUUGUGGGCUCAAUACAGCAUGCAUUGCAAGUAUGUUAUUAAAAACAAAACCCACUUGGCAUUUUUUUUGUUUCUUUUUUAAGGAAAUGUAUAUUUACACUAGAACCUGGUGUAAUUAUUUUUGUACACAUUCAUCCUGUACUUCCUGUAUUCUUUUCAUUGUUUUGGGAAGCAUAAAUAUACUGGUGAUAUAAUUUAUAAAUACAUUUUUUUAAUUGAAAUAUUCUCAAACAAGAGAAAACUGGUUUGUCUUAAAGGAGCAGCUACCAUAGGCCAAAGACAAGGUUUUUUUGUCAUUUUCGAAUAUAUAUAUAUAUAUAUAUAUAUAUAUAUAUAUAUAUAUAAAUACAUAAUAAUUUUUUUUUUCAUUUCCAUUUUCUAAUCCUCUCCUGUUAUGCUUUCAUUACACUAGUUAUUUCUGAGGUUUUUUUCUACACUUAGUGUAAUUAUUAUUGGGGAAAAAAAACUAUUCAUGAAAAUAUAACUACAAGUUUCCUAUAUUUCUGCCUUUUUAAUAGACUGAUAUAUUUACUGGGAUAACAGCAGUACAAAAAACAAAAAAAAAGGAAAAUACUAUUCUGUAUAAAUGUUUAUUUCUUCAUUAUCGUGAUGCAGAGUUUGUUAUACAAGAGUAACGAGACGCUGAACGUUUUGCUGUAGAGAAAAUGUAAGUAAUUUAUUUUCUUUAGGUUUAGACUUAGUCUUUGUGGAUGGAAGCCUCUGUCACUGUGGUAGAAUUUGUAUGGAAGAUUCAAUUCAAUAAAAAUUCUAUCAUUCUCUUAAUAUGCAAUCUUCUUGUAGUAUGUAAUGUUAGUAUUUUUAAUUGUCUGCAGUCAGUAUUUAUACAAUUCAAUAUUCUUGUACAGUAUUAAAGAUGAAGGCUUUUUCUUCACUAAUCUUUCCUUCUUUUAAAGUAAAUAAAAUGUCUGACUGGUAA